CAAACAGCUGAUUGAUGGUUGUUUAUUUUCAAUUUGCACGUAACUUUCAAAACAAUCAAAUUCCUUCGGAAAUGAUUAUCCAAAAUAGGAUUCCCCUUAUAGGUCAUAUUUUAAGACGGUGUCAUCAACAAGCGAUGAAAAUAAACGCUAGAAAAGACAACUUAACAGCAUAUUUUGGAAAAUGGCCAGAAACGGAGCAGAAGGAAUUUCGCCAGCAUAUGCGCAUUAUCGCGGAUUUCAUUAGUGAGCCAGAGGAACAGCAGCUUCACGAGGAAAUCGAACCCUAUAUGAGCCGCCUGCGCUACGAGUUCGAUCACUGGGACGAUGCCAUUCACGGUUUUCGGGAGACGGAGCGGAAGAAGUGGUUCCCCAAAAACAGAGAGGUCCUGGAGCGCGUGCGCCAAGUGGCCUUCGAUGGAGCAAUUAUGCCCUAUGUCCACAUCCUGGAUCUUGCGCCCGAUGGCGUAAUCAAGCCCCAUGUGGAUAGCACGCGAUACUGCGGCAACACAAUCUCCGGGAUCAGCUUACUUAGCGACAGUGUGAUGCGACUUGUGCGCACGGAUGAGCAGCGAUACCAACAGCAAUCACCGGGAACUGCAACGCAACCGACAUCCCAGGGGUCAGAGCCCGAUGCAGCUUAUCGCCAUCAGCCGGAGGCGCCUCUGAAGAACAACUUUUACGCUGACAUCCUGCUGCCACGCCGCUCCUUGUACAUAAUGAGCCACACGGCUCGCUACAACUUCACGCACGAGAUACUAUCCAAGGAGCACUCCCAGUUUCGGGGUACGCUGGUGCCAAAGACGCGUCGCAUUUCCAUCAUUUGUCGCAACGAACCCUAAGCGGGGUAUGCCAUCCUGAUUUAAAUGAAAAUAAAAUUCCUAUUUACUGCA